ACAGGCCCCUGCUGACUGGAGGCAAAAAGUGAAACACUUGUUUUGCAGAGGAGAGACAUCAGUGUUUGUGCGAGCGACUCAGCCCACUGCCAGAGCCCGCCCCGUUUCUUUGAGGAGGCCUCAGCUGGCAGCGGGGUCCCUGACAUUAGAGCUGCUCUCCGGCUGCCCGCUGUCUUGAGUCAUGGCUGCGCAGCUGGUGGUCGCUCUGCUGGCUCUCGUCUCCCUGGGCGCUGCAUCUGAACUGGACUGCAAGGAGCUUGUUAAGCCUCUGGUGCUGGACAGCCACAGCCCUAUCUAUGGUAAAUGGGUGCUUCACGUCGGAAUGUGGGACGAGCCGGAUCUGAAAAGUGACCUGGGUACUGUGAAAAGCUCCUGGGUGGAACUGUACCCGUCCUCACACGCCGAGGUCAUCAAUGUCUACUGGGCUGACCGCCUAAAUGAAGACAAGUGCCUACAAGGGUUAGCUACAGCCACAAUCUCAGGGAUUACCACCCACGCCACCUUUGUCAUCAAUGGUCACACCUCUUAUCACGAUGGGAAAUAUUAUGAAACUUGCGAAGCUUGCCUCCUAUCUGAAGACACCACUCUCCUUCCUGAUGGAAAAUCAAAGGGACGUUACCUUUUCCUCUACACACGGAAUGGCACUCUAGAGUCAGCGGAGUUGGAGAAGUUUAAAAAGCAAGCCGAGUGUCUUAAAUUUUCCCCAGAAUAUCACUUUGUGAGCACAGAUCUGUGUCCAGAUGACCGGGAAACUAACACGACUGCUGCAGCUACUGAGAAUGAUCAAAGCGAGGCAUAAACAUCCGCAUGUCCUACUGAAAUCCAGCUUUCACGCAUUAACUAAGCUGGGAUGGAAAGUGAACAGCAGAAUAACUUCAAGUGUUAUGUAGAUAGCUUGUGCAGUAAAAACAAAUGUUUGAAGUAAAAAACAAUCAGAGCCUGUGACUGAUAAUGUAAUAAUAUUAAAGUUGUUUACUUCUAGUUGUGUGUAGUAAAUAAACUCAUUCUAACCUUA